UUUGCAAAGGAAUCUGACUGAACGUUGAUGUUAGAGGACUUUGAAUGGGCAAUCUUUAAACAAGUCAGGAUGCAGCCUUAGCUCUAGUGGUGCAGUUGCACCACUGUCAUAUUUCACUCAUCAGCAGAGCUGCCAUAAACAGUUACAAGCUUUUCCUGAAACCCUUCACUAAAGAACUGGAGCUGGGCCUAGCUUGUUCCCAGAAACUCUGUGGGAAUCUUCCUGAUGUGGAGAAUACUCACACACUGUCUACUGAGUCCUUAGCCAAGGACAGGGCUCAGAGGGAUUGUGGAGCAGGUGUGAGGUGGGGAGACUCAUGUUUUAGGCCUACAAACUUUGUCAAAAGGAAAUUUACUUUAUAAAUUCAGGUUACUGAAUUGCAUCCUACAAUAUGUUCUACUCCUCAGAAGUGGCCAACACAUAAUGAGUAGCCUUACAGUAUAAAGGAAGUGUGAAGAAGAGUGGGGCUGGGAGAAGAACAAAAAAUUUUGAUUGUGUCUCUACCUGUGAUGUCAGUCUACUGGUCUCAUUUUAACAGUUUAUUUCAGCCAACAUGGGCUGCUUAGAUUUUCAGCUCAGAGCUGAAUUUCUCUGCCAUCAUCUUCUAGCCCUACAGGCUGUGUGCAAUACAGGCCUGAUCCAACCAUCACUAAUGUCAAUGGCAAGACUCCAAUUACUUCACUGAGAAGAGGAGCAAGUGUUAAGAGACAAAUCACUAGUGAUACAAUUACAUAAGAGAGUUUCUGGAUGAAAAAAACAGAUGCCCUGGAAAGUACAUAAAUUCUGAGGUGACUCUUAGUUCAUUACAAGAACAAAGAAAUGUAUUACACACAGAGAAGAAUACCUAGCACCCAACCUUAUUGACCAGCGUGGGCAAAGACUCAGCACGUCAAGCCUAGCACAUCCAGUCUGGUGGUGUCUCGGCCCAGGGACGGUAGGAACAGUCAGAGAGAAGAUCUAGGACAAGAAAUUCGUGCAAAGUGAUGUUAACAUGAAUAUUGAAAUUGCCUGCCUUUCCCAGAACCAGACUUCAUACGGAAUGAUGUAAGAGCAUAGGCAGCACGGGUGCCUCAGUUACUGCAGUCCAAGUCUCUCCCAGUGUUGAUCUGUAGGGGAGAGCCUCCCGCUCCAGCUGAAACCCCGACAAAUACGGAUUAAUUGCAGGAUGUCCAGCACUGACAGGCCCUUGGGAGAAGGGGACCUGCGGCAGCUGCUGAAGCUGUACCGCACGGAGAUCUCCAUGGCAGUGGAUGACGUUUUCCCGUUGCUUCAUGGACUUGCUGACCAUGACGUUGUCACAGAAGAGCUGUUCAAGGAAACACUGAGUUUGAAGGAGCAGGAGGGUUCUCACAAGGCCUUCCAUGCCAUGCUGACCUGGCUACUGAGCCAGGAUUCAUCCACCAUACAGGAUUUCUGGAGGGUCCUCUUCAAGGAUUACAAUCUGGAGAGAUACUCCAAGCUCCAGCAUAUUCAGAGCAGCUUUCCCAAAGAUAUGGAUCUCAGCAGACAGCGUCGGGGGAAGAAACCACCCCCCAGUCCCAAAACGUUGGUGCAGCAGAAACAGCAGCCAAAGAGGAAAGCACCAGAGGAAAGCGACUCUUCCCAGUCAGCUCAGCCCUUGCUGAAAUGCAACUCUAACCCUGGGACUCUGCCAAAGGCAAAAGCUGUAAAGAAAACAGAAGGUGUGGAGAUCCAGCGUUUCCCUCUGGGAAAUGGCAUUCAGAGUAUGGCUGCCUCAGUCCAGAGGGCUGUCACUGUGUCAUCCAGUGAACUACCAGUGAGCUGCGGGGCUAUAGAAGGAAUUCUCAUCAAAAAGGUGUUUGAGUCAGGGGGCUCCAAGAAAUGUGUCAAAGUUGGUGGCGAGCUUUAUGCACCGAGUAAGUUUGAGGAACCUGGGGGAAAGAACAAAAACCGAAGCCUGAAGUCCGGUGUGCAAGCCAAGGGAUUUCAAGUGCCCCAAUACGUAUGCUUUCAGCAAACACGACUUGUUUUUACCUCUUUGUCCUGUUUGAGUCUCCUUUGCAGUAAGAGGUUUCACACUCAGUACCUAUACAGCUCAGCUAAGCUCUGUCCUAGUCUAGAUCUAGCAUCGUUCUUAGACAGGACAUGCAUCUAUGGGAUGUGCGUCUAUACACCCACUCUGAUCACAGUAGCAUUUUCUGCGUCACCCCCUGUCCAUCUCACUCUGCAGAAUGGAGAGUUGAAAAUAAACUCACAGAGCAUCCUCCAUGUCACCCCUCUUCACAGCGUGGAUCAAACCGUUCACCAGAAGAACGAUGAUGAAUGUGCAGUGUGCAGGGAUGGUGGGGAGCUGAUCUGCUGUGACGGCUGCCCCAAAGCUUUCCACCUGGCUUGUCUCGUGCCCCCACUGACAGAAAUUCCAAGCGGGACAUGGAGGUGUAGCUCUUGCUCAGCGGGGAAAGUGAAGCAGAACCAGCGCAUAGAAGAACCACCAUCCGAUACACAGAAACGGACAAUUGGUGAGAAAUGUGGCGUGUGCAGGGGAGGAGGAGAGAUGACCUACUGUGUCCACUGCUUCAAGGCCUUCCACUCCCACUGCCAAUUCCCUACGCAAGCAGAGCAGCUCAGUGAAAUCUUGCUAUGCAAGUCCUGUUCAAGCAGCUAUGGAACCAGUGUCCUGGAGGGAACAGAGAUCUCGAAUAGCCCUGCACUAAGAGCAGUGAAGACAGUGGAAGAGACUGCUGGGAAUGAUACGAUCCUGAAUAAAGAGGAGUUGGACUCUCUGCUGGGUGAGAGCUCAUUUGAUGGGAUUCUGCAAUGGGCAUUCCAGAACAUGUCUCGUCCACUCCCAGAGACUCACGGAUUUUUCUCCUAGAUCUUGUUGUAAUAAUGGAUUUCACAUACCAAUUUGCUGCCCUCCACACUUUGAACUUGACACUAAUCAUCUGUAAUCAGCGCGUGCUGACAUCUUGGGAUAUACCGUAUUUUCCGAUGUUGAAUCUCUGUUAGUUUAUUUCUACUUCUACCUGUUUAUUACAGUAAAAGUUUGGUGUUAAAUUAGUAUAGUGUGGGAUUUAGGGUCUAAGGCUCUGAAACUUCACUGCAAACGAUUAUAUACCAUCCCUUGUAUUUUUGUUUCCUCUGAACCUUUCUUUCCCUGUUGCAGUCAUA